AUGCGACGCAACAAUCGUACCCGUGCAGGGGCAGGUGUGGGCGGGGGAGGAGGAGGAGGAGGAGGAGCAAUAGUGGCAGUUCCGAUCAAUCCCAGCGCUGCUAGCGGUGGCCGGCUGAUGACACGGGCACACGACAAACGCCCGUGUGAAGAUUACCGUGAUCUAGAGGAGGAGCCCAGCAGUAGCCGUGGUAACAACUUUACCACGUCCAGCCGGAAUGUACCCACGAGGACAUCGUCCCGACCGGUCGGUUCCAUUUAUAACAUAACCAACUUAGAUAAUGUUAAACACAAAAUGUCAUCCCUGCUGUCGGGUUAUGGUACGUUGAAGGGACUCUCUGAAUCCAUCCAUCCUGCGGCGCUGAUCGAGCAAGUAGUGCAGGAUAAGAUGAAACAGGAUAAGUUGAAGCAAAUGCAGCGACAGAAAGGCGGUUCGGGUGGUGGUGGCCAAUCGUCCGGCAGCCACAGGGCCAUGUUCCGACAGGUGUCCGAGACGCAACUAGUGCUCAAUUCGGAUGGUACGAGCGACGAGGAGGAAGACGAGGUGGAAUACGAGGACGAUCCUGUCAUGGCCGAUAUGUGUAUGCAGGCAAACCAGGGUCUGCUGCUGGUCGAGGACGAGGAAAGCGAAAAGUCAGACUCUGAGCAGCCAGAGGUGAACUCGUCUUCGAGCUGGUCGCAGCGCAAGAAGAGCGGAAGGACGGUUGAUUUGACCGUUUGCGACACUACCUCGUCCGUGCACGACGAAGACGACGACGAGGACGAGGAGGAAGCCGAGGAUGAGGAGGCGGAAGAGGAAGAGUACGAGACGCAAGAUCACGAGGACCUGCAGGAUGACGAAGAGUACGAGGAGCUGGACGCUGAUCAGUACGCGAUGGAAGAGGAACCGGAAGAUGCGGACGAAGAACAGGAUCAGGAGGAGGAGUACUAUGUGGAGGACGGUGAGGAUGAACAGGAACCGAUCGAUACAACGGAUGAUCAACAGCAGGAAGCAGAGGGUUUGGAGGAGGAGCAGGAGGAAGAGGAUGAAUUGAUGUGCAGUGGCGAGCUGGAAGACGAUGACGUCCAGGAGGUGAUCGAUGUCGAGCAACACGAUCAGAUGAGGCAGAAAAGCUUCGCCCAACAGAAGCAACACAGUGGCAGCUAUUAUGGUGACAGCACUGACAGAACGUCCCGGGAACCACAGCAUAAGGAUAGCGUAAUUUACAAUGGCACACAUACGGCGACGCCCCAACUAACGCAAAGCGAGUUGAACGAGGAAGAGAUGGUCAAAAUAUCGGCCAUCAAUACUAAAGUUCAACUUAACGACCAGGACAAAGUUAGUUUGGACGACUUCGAAAUGCUAAAAGUGCUUGGAACCGGAGCAUACGGAACGGUGUUCUUGGUGCGAAAGACAACUGGUGUAGAUAAGAACAAAAUUUACGCCAUGAAGGUGCUGAAGAAGGGCAUCGUAAGUCUGAAGAAAAAGACGGCAGAACAUACAAGAACCGAACGGCAGGUGCUUGAAGCGAUACAGGAGGCUCCGUUUCUGGUAACGAUGCAUUACGCCUUCCAGACGGACUCGAAGCUGUACCUGAUCCUGGACUAUGUGAUCGGUGGUGAACUGUUCACGCUGCUUUGUAAACGAUUGCUCUUCGAAGAAUCUGCUGUUCAGAUUUACAUUGCUGAGAUAAUAGUUGCCAUUGAACAUCUUCACAAGCUGGGUAUCGUGUACAGAGACAUCAAGCUGGAAAACAUUCUGGUCGACAAGGACGGCCACAUCGUACUGACAGACUUUGGCUUGUCGCGGGAACUCACGUACCAACACGAGCGUGCGUACAGCUUCUGCGGUACGGUCGAAUAUAUGGCACCGGAAAUUUUGAAACCACUUAAAGACGGCCACGACACCGCCGUUGACUGGUGGUCGGUAGGAGUGUUGACGUUCGAGCUGCUAACCGGCGCAUCCCCAUUCGCAGCCGAACCGAAUGAUAUCGCUAAACGCAUCACGGAGACGGAGGCAAUUAUCCCGGAAAAUCUUUCACCGGAGGCGACCGAUUUUAUCCGCAAGCUGCUGGUGAAGGACCCGCGGCGGCGGCUCGGCAGUGGCAAGACCGAUGCGUCCGAGCUGAAGUCGCAUCCCUUUCUGCGCUCCAUCAACUGGUCGCGGUUGGUACGGAAACAGAUACAGGCACCGUUCCCACCGGUUGCCGAGAAUGAACGCGAUACGCGCAACUUUAGCUCCGAGUUUACCAAGCAGGAUGUUGUGGAAAAUCCGUGCUCUCCGCCAAAGAAUGCUGAUCGGUUGUUUAGAGGAUAUUCGUACGUUUCGCCGAAGCUGCUUACCAAAAACGUAACGGAUCGGAACAAGUUCAUCCCGAUCCACAAUAUGCGUCCGCAGGAGAGCUAUAUUAGACAAAAUGCGUCCAAGCAAUCGAGUUUCUUCAAGAAAUAUGCGUUGACGAACGAUUCAGUUAUUGGAUUUGGCACGUAUUCGACGUGUCUCAGAUGCCAGCGGCUUCGCAGUAACAAUUUCUACGCCGUUAAAGUUCUGUUCAAUCACCCGCAAACGGCUGGUUUUGCCAAACGCGAGGCGGAAGUAUUGCGCCAAUGUCAAGGACACCCGAAUGUGACGCAGUUCGUUGAGAUAUUGGAAGACAACAACUACAUCUAUCUCGUGCUGGAAUUGCUCGAGGGCGGCGAGCUUCUUCAACGCAUCAACCGACAACCCGGUCAACAGACGGAGGCGCGAAUACGUGGCUACUUUUCCCAACUGGUCGAGGUGGUCGCGCACGUUCAUCGGCAAGGUUUCGCACACCGGGAUUUGAAGCCGGAAAAUGUACUCUUCGAACGAUCGUCUUCCGAUCGGUUACGGUUGAUCGAUUUUGGGUUUGCAGAGCGGCUGGACGGUAACAGUGUCGAACCACGGCUUCCCGCCGGUACGGUUGGCUAUGCAGCUCCUGAGGUGAUGGGUCACGUACAAGCGGAUGGUACCUCCUCCUCGUCUUCCGCCUCGUACUCGCUCGAAACGACCGAUCUAUGGUCGCUCGGAGUUAUCCUCUACACGAUGCUGUCUGGCCGGGCACCGUUCAUCCCGAGUCGGUACUUUUUCCACGAUAAUCUUGCAUCGACGUCGAAGGAGAUGGACAUGAUAACCGACAAAAUAAAGCGCGGUUCGUUCGAUCUUAGCUCGAGCACCUGGUUUGGUGUGAGUGAAAGUGCGAAGAAUCUAGUGCGAUCACUGCUUACCGUUAACCCGCAGCACCGUAUUACGAUGCUAGAGCUCCAGAGCCACGAAUGGUUGUGCGAAAAUGGUGGCAAGCGUCGUGGGCAGCAUUCCGCAUCACUAUCCGCGUACAGUCGUGGUUUGCCCAAUCAUACCAAGUUAUCCUUCGGCAAGCUACAAGUGACAGUGCGCAACACAUACGAGGCAUUUAAGCUUGCGGAAAAGUGUGGGCUUCGGUUGCAUAAUGAGCACACCAGCCGCCAGAGGACCGUUAGCACAUUGCCGCAAACGACUGCCCCAUCGGAUCGGGAAUGUAGUAGAACCACAAGCAACGGUACCAACAAUGGUGAACUGUUGGAAAAAUCUAAUUCAAUAACAACCGUAGUGCCUAAUCAUCAUAACGCUCUCAGUAGUAAUAGUAGUAUUAGCAUAAACAGCAGCAGUAGCAAAACCAAACGAAUACACCAACAGAACGAUAGAAAGAAGGUAGUCGGCACUCUCCCGGCAUCGAGCACGAAAUCAAUCGAAUCGCAGUACAGCAGUUCAAUGGAGGAGAGCACAUCCAGCGGUAUCGGACGUAGCAAAAGUAGCAAAAGCAGUCUGUCCCAUGCUGGCAGUCCGGUGCGUGAUACGCGCCAAAUGUCCAACAGUUCCGUCAUCAUCGUUAUCGAGGAUGAGGAUGAGCGGGAUGCGCACAGUAAUGAAUCUUUACCCGAAGAUAUUAACAGUGCCGCAAUAAACGAACAGGCAGCAGUAUCCAUUGCAGUUGAAGAUAUUUCGCUAGGAACGGACAGCCUGACCAGGCAAAAGACGGUGGUGGAGAUUGUGGAUGCGAUGAAUGAGGAUGAACAAACGGAUGAAAUUGUUAUCGAUGUGGAGGAAGAAGAGACGAGCAAGGACGCAGACACGGAUAAGAUGAAAUCGGAACCGAUCCCCAGUAGCAGGAAGUCACGCGAGGCCGAAAAUAAUAACAAUGACGUAGUGGAUGGUUUAGUAGUACCCACGACGAAACAGCAGCACCAUCAAAUCGAUAGCGUUAGUGUAGCACGCGUGACGAUGGAAUUGCGUCAAAUUAUGAAUGAAGAGGAUUUUUCAGAUACGACUAAAGAGCUAUUAGGAGCUACAAUAAAUGUAGAACCGGUGCUGGAUUGUUUACAGGAUAUGAAGGAGAACAAACCGCCUCGGAACGAAAGGAAAAAUGAGCAACUACCUGCACCUUCAUCGGUCCCCGAAGCUAGCAGUAGUAACAUUAGUAACGUAAACGUGACCGCACCACAUCGGACAAAUGCGACGAUAAAAAAGGAACGAAGCGAGAAACUUGUGCAACACGUAUCCUGCACCGCUGAUAAUUAUUUGUCCGAUCAGUCGUUCGGUUUGGAUAACCUUUUCACACUGCAAUUAUCGAAGGAGUUUGUGGGAUAUAGAGACACGGAUUGUACGCUGCUGGGGCGCACAAUUUCGGUUCAUUCCGACGACGAAGUCGUCAUGUACCUUGGUUGCAGUGAAGUGGACGAACCUUUCUAUGGGUUUGAUGAGGAAGAGUGGUAUCGGGGCAGUGAUAGCUACCAACGGAAGAUAAAAUCCACGUUUUUCAAGGCAGACAACAAGCGGGUCAAGAAGGGCAAUAAUCCGUAUCCGUACGGCGGUAUGGAAACAAUCGUCAAAACGGAACCGGAUCCGGUACGAAUAACCAAACGAAGAGCGGAAGUUUCGUACGAUGAAGUUGGGCAUGAGCCGCGACCAAAGCAUUUGCGGCAAAUCGAGCGAAAAAACUAUUCGCAAACAAAGUGGCGAAAUACGAUUUGUUCGUCAACCGUCGUCAAGCGUGAAGUGUGUUGA